CUGAGGGCAUCGAUAGACCCAACAUGGACUUCAAGCGAAACAUGAAACGACGUGCCACUAUUGGCGCUGAAGCUUUCAUACACCAGAUGCAGCCUACCGAUUUUCUGCCCAAUCGAAACUAUCGUCCGCCAGAGCGUAAAGAUGCCGAGAGUGCAAGAAAUCGCCGAACCUGCAAUCGCUUCACCUUUGCCAGCAUGGAGAAAGAUAUGGAAGAGAAGUUGAGGUUUCAGAAUAUGUCGAAGAAAAAGGAUGUUGAGCUGCUAUACUGCAGCACCUAUACCGAACGACGUAAACAAUGGUCGCGCGAUCAGGUGAACGAUUUAACGUCCUACGUCAAGAGCAUUCUCAAGUGGGCAAAUCAAUGGCUGAAGCAGCGGAGUGUAGGUGCCGUGAUCGACUCAGAUGUCCUGAAGCCCAUAGCUGACGAAUUCGAGACGGUCAAGCAGUACAAGAAAAUAUUUGUGCCAUUGAUGAAACUGGAUUUGUUGACCACCAUCGAAAGGGACUACAAGUUGGGGAGGGAGCCAAUUGAGGUGUGCCUGCAACAUCCUGUUGAGAAAAUUAAAUCAUUUUACUGCCUGACUACGCGAGUGUUCACUAAGCGGACAGAAAAGUGUAGGCUCUACACUCUUUCGAGUGGCAAAAAGCUCAAGGAGACGUUCGCUAUUCUUCGGGGGCAAAGAACAGAAAAUGACCAUGAGCUGAUUUUCGAAAUCUUAACGGAUGGUAUUUCUCUGGAGACAUUUAAGGGGAUACAACUCUUGACUGCCCGCCCGGUGGUGGACAGCCUGGAUCUGGAACUGGGCGCCCUGCAAGCUGUGGAUCAGCUGUCCCAUUCGCCACUAAAUGGAAGGAUUAUCAAGCCCACCGAAAUCCUGAAGAAUGCUCAAAAACCCAGCUAUGACACACCGUGUGUUUUCAAGGGUUUAGCCAAGCUUAACCCUCAACAAGAGGCUAUCUGCUCAAGCACGUAUCAACGUGUCAUACACGAUGAAAUUCCAAGCAUUACGCUAAUUCAGGGUUCCACAGACACAGGUAAAUCCCUGAUUGCGAAUAUCAGCAUGCAGUGUCUGUAUGGAACGGCAGCCAUACAAAAGGAUCGCAGGAUACUAAUAUGUUCCCACUCAAACACGGCCGUCGACUCAAUUGUAUUCCGUCUUCACAACGUGCUAGAAAAGUACAAAGUUAAUAUGCUUCGCUAUGGGCCGUAUGAAAAGAUGAAUACUCUGUCGCGCCAGUACUCGCUGGAGCGUAAGUACCAGAGUGCCAAGGCUCACAAAAGGGAACGAGUGCUUACCGAAAAGCGAGCGACUCUCCAACAGAGGUACAAUGACUUAAAAGUGGAGGUGAACUUGAUGAAGAACAAAAAAGAAGCACAAUGGCCCCCGGCCGUUUGAUAUGUACCAGAAGAA